AUGAAGUGGGGCUGGGUGUUUUUGGCGGUCUUCCUAUCCUUGGGGACCCUGUCCUGGGGAGAGAAGGGCUUGGAAAUCCCCGAGUAUGAUGGCAGAGACCGCGUCCAUGAACUCAACGCCAAGAACUACAAGUCUGUCAUGAAGAAGUACGAUGUGAUGGUGAUCUACUACCACAAAAAUGUGGAUGGGAACCGCAGUGCCAUGAAGCAGUUUCAGAUAGAGGAGCUGGCUUUGGAGCUUGCAGCCCAAGUUCUUGAUGAUCUUGAUGAUGAGGACAUUGGAUUCGGCCUGGUGGAUCAAAAGAAGGACUCUGCUGUUGCUAAGAAGCUAGGUCUAGACGAAGUGGAAAGCAUCUACAUCUUUUGUGACAAUGAGAUCAUCGAGUACGAUGGAGAGCUCGCUGCAGACACCCUGGUUGAGUUCCUCUAUGACGUAAUUGAAGACCCCGUGGAGAUCAUUGACAACGAGCGUGAGCUGAAGGGUUUCCACAACAUUGAUGAGGUCAUCAAGCUGGUUGGCUAUUUCAAGAGCGAGAAAUCUCCUCACUUUAUAGAGUAUGAUGAUGCAGCUGAGGAGUUCCAUCCCUUUGUCAAAUUCUUUGCCACAUUUGACCCCAAGAUUGCCAAGAAGCUGAAGCUGAAGCUGAAUGAAGUUGAUUUCUAUGAGCCAUUCAUGGAAGAACCCGUCACCAUUCCAGGAAAGCCCUAUGUUGAGUCUGAACUUGUUGAAUACAUUGAACAGCAUGACAGGCCUACUCUGAGGAAGCUUGAGCCUCACAGCAUGUAUGAGAUCUGGGAGGAUGACAUUGAUGGAGAGCACAUUGUUGCAUUUGCUGAGGAAGAUGACCCAGAUGGUUUUGAAUUCCUGGAAAUCCUGAAGGAGGUGGCACGCGAGAACACCAACAACCCCAACCUCAGCAUCAUCUGGAUUGACCCUGACAAUUUCCCCCUGCUGGUGCCAUACUGGGAGAAGACCUUCUUCAUUGACCUCUCUUCUCCACAUAUUGGUGUGGUUGAUGUUGAGGAUGCCGACAGCGUGUGGAUGGAAAUGGAUGACGAUGAUGACAUGCCCACAGCUGAUGUGCUCGAGCAGUGGAUUGAGGACGUUCUUUCUGGAAAGAUCGACCCAGAUGAUGAUGAUGAAGAAGAAGAAGAUGAUGAUGAUGAUGAAGAUGACGAAGAUGACGACGAAGAUGAUGAUGACGAUGAUGAUGAUGAAGAUGACGACGAAGAUGAUGAAGAUGACGACGAAGAUGACGACGAAGAUGAUGAUGAUGAAGAUGAUGAUGAUGAUGAUGAAGAUGAUGAUGACGAAGAUGAUGAUGACGAAGAUGACGAUGAUGAAUAAAUGUUUACUACCAUCUUUCAUUUCAUUAUGAUUUAGCCACUAAUGGCAAAAUCAAAAGUAGCACCAGUUUUUUUCUAACAUUUUGCAGCAAACACACUUUGCUUCCUGUAUGGUUUCCUGUAAGGGACAAAUAUAAUGACCUUAUGGGAAACUUUUGCUGUCAGGGAGAGAGAUUUUCAAAGAAGCAGAUGAUAUGCAUCUCUGUUGAUAAACGGGGUUGCAACUUAAAUCUGGCGUUAUACGUCCUUUGUUACUGGAUUACAAUAUGCUAAUCUCUCACCUCUGAGGUUCAUUAUCCACAUGAGCAAAGAGGCUAACAGAGGCUGGCUUCCCUUUCUACCUAAUGUCACAGACCGGGGUUCUCCCCUUUAUCAUUUUCUGUUUACUGUAAUCCUGUUUCAAUGACAUGUUUUCUACUUGAUGAAGAGAAGAAACAAACACUUUCUUGUACUAUUUUUAAAGAGAAUGAACAA